GCUCAAAGUGAAUAAAUGCAGCUGAGACCCGCUGCACAAGAUAUGAGAACAUCAACGCCUCGUCCAUCCUAGCUUGUCUUGUAGAACGAAGACUUACAAAUUGCAAUAGCACUUUUUAGAAAGCACGUCAACCAAACCCAACCCUCACCUUAUAUCAUGUUCAAAAAAUAAUAUCUUGACCUUCCCGCUUGCUUAUGUUCUCCUCAAUGAUUUUUCGUUGAUAUCCUCAGUUCAAGAACAUCCUGUGGAAAUCUUCGCGUAGGUCCAACGUGAACGCCAAAAUCUAAGUGAUUAUGACUGCGUUAUGAUUGUUGAAUGUUUCUUGAAGAGUAGGUCAGCCUUUUUGUUGGCGUUGAUUGAUGGAUUACUAUUGACUAUGAUAUUUUAUCACAAUGAACAAGUAAAUCACGUUGAAAGAAGCUUGGUACCUCGUUGAGCAUGAGCAUGUUGAUAAGAUGAAGGUCGCAAGUAUUGUGAGAAAGAUGAACUUCGUAUGAACAUCUUCUUCGAUAGUUUAACGCAUCCAAUCCUGACGAUCAUCACGUCGGUUGAGAAUGUGAGCAACUUGCACUACUAGUAUUGGUACAACUUUUGAUUAGGUAUGUACUACUACCACAUAGUUGUAUCAAGUUCAUCAUACCGUGAUCACAAGAAUGGGGCGUGUGCGAAGGUUGCGAGUGGAAAACUUCAAGAGCUACCAUGGUAGCGUGGACAUCGGGCCUUUUGAAAACAAUUUCACCUGCAUCGUUGGCCCUAAUGGCAGCGGCAAGAGCAACAUCGUGGAUGCUUUUGGGUUCGUGCUUGGCAUCAGUGCGCGCGAUCUUCGCGGCCAAAACCUCCGUGAUUUGGUUCAUCGAAAGCCCGCUGAACCUGCUAGUGUAGUUGAUACUCGGGAUGCGUGCUUAAGGCUUGUUCAUUAAUCUGAAUGUUGAAUACUUCUACCCUGAUUACUGUGAGUGAACAAUACUUCUAGAGAAAGGGACUUUCUGAACUUCAUAUCCUUGACGGCCGUCGAAGUGUAGGUUCAUCACAGCGACCUCCUAGUUUCUUUGCGCUCGUCGGCAACAGGCUCAGGCACUACUAGGGCAAAAAGGUUAAAGGUAAGAAUAUAUAUGGACAUGACGAUCCAGUCUAACAUGCGUUGAGCUCGAGUUCGUUGCUGACAAGAACUCUUUUACGUUUGCGGACGACGGAGAAGACGAUGAACUGGGUGGAGAUGAGCAGGACAUCUUCGACGAAGGUAUGCUGGGAGGCGGAGACCAGAAUGAGGUAGAUGAGAAUAGAAAGAGCAAAAAGAAACUGCAACUGAACGACAAAAGCCUCGAACUCGAUGCUUUCGGAGACGAAAGGCUGCUCAAAAGUCCGGCCACUGGAAAAAAGAGUGACCUGAACAAGCUGACCGCAAAAAAGAAGACGCCAGCGAAAACGCCUGGCCGCAGUGUCGCACGCGCGAAGAAGAGCGUCAAAAAGGGCAGUGCUGGUCCAAAAUCAUCGAAGAAGGCGAAUCCAAAAAACAAAAGUGGAGAAACUCCCAAUGCGCGUGGUCAUCGUGGUGGUUUUCUGAACGACGCGGAUCACGACCACACAGAUGAUGGACCUGCUGAGGAUAGCCCUUGCGUCGAACGCCGUGAGCGUCGCCGAAAGGAGAAGGACAUGCAUGUCCUGAGCGGUCUACGGGAGUUCUACAAACGUGAAAAGAACAAUACUGCUCCUGGUGGUGCACCGCCGGAUCCGCAUGUUGAUAACGAGGAUGUUGAGGAAGAAGAUGGAACACACAAACAGAAACAGCCUACAACUUCAUCCUCGUCGUUCGUAGCUGCUGGAGGUGGAGUUCUCACAGGAACAUCUUCAUCCUCUUCAAGCUCCUCUUCAUCAAAGAACAUUGGGACAAGCAAUGAGAAUGCAACAACUUCUAGUGAUGCGACGCGAGCCAUUCGGUUCGGCAGACACAUCUGCGGCCGCACGGGAGAAGGCAGCUACAAGGUAGACGGCAAAACGGUCACUCUUGACGAAUAUUCGCGCAUUCUGAAAUCGGUAUGAAUAUGCAGUAAUUAGGCUGUGGAUCGAAUUCGAUAAGGAUAAAGUCACCUAAUGAUUUUUAUGAUCAGUUUAUCAUCAUUACCUUAACAAGUAGUUAGUCUAAGUGGUCGUUUGCAUUUGUUCUGAAUUUUGAUGCCGCGCAUAUUCAUUGUUGCAUGUAUUGUGUUCAACGUGUACAUCUCCCAUCUCGACGUAGGUCCGAAUUUUAACGCGGGCGCGGAACUUCCUUGUUUUUCAAGGUGAUGUUGAGGCCCUUGCACAACGACAGGGGUUAGAGCUAACGCGAUUUUUCGAGCGCGUGUGCGGCAGCGAUCAAUACCGUAACGAGUGCGAGCACCUCACGAAGGAGAAAAAAGAAGCCGAAGAGAAUCUCCGGCUUUUGUUUGCGCAGAAGAGGUCGGCCGUGACCGAACGCAAGCAAGUCGAGGUACAAAUUAUGCCGGCAGCAAGAAGAAAUCGACUAGGUAGAAAUAGUUCUUGUUGAAAGACCAGCCGCAACUUCUAGGAGAAAGAACGCUCACUACUACGCGUGGAGCUGAAUGAAAGAGAUACCAUGACAAGUGACGUGACAAGCUGCUGUCUGUACGCGUGUUAGUAUUUGUUCUGCGAGAUGAAAUUACCAGUUGUAGUAGAAAAAAUGAUAAGCAGCACAACGAACUAGUAAAACUUCACAAUGAAUAUUAUAUAAAUAUGUAUACCUAGAGGAAGAGGAUGGGUCCAAGAACUGAUGUAAUCGGUCUAACGCAAAGGCAGAAGCCGAGAAGUACCGACAGUUGAUUGAGGAGAGGAAUCUAUUGCAGACCGAGUUCUGUCUCUACCGCAUGAAUACGGUGGAGACGCAGUUGCGUGCAGAAAGUGAACGCGCGAACGAGCUGCGAUCGCAGUGCGAUGCCGCCGAGACCACGUAUCGUGGGGAGGUGAAGAAUUGCAAGAAGAAGGAGGAUGAUGUCGGUAAAGUGUCAUUGCAGCUUACGAGAUACGCUGAUGUCGUCAGUGGGCUGAAUAACAUAGCGACAGGAGCGGCCAAGGCAAUAGACGCCGACCAUGAAUCGGCAAGCAGUGCCGCUGUAGCAAGAAAAAACGAGCCCCGUGUACAGCCUGCGCACGCGAAGUUGCGCAGUGAAAAAUCCUUGCUCGAACGAGAGCUCGCGGAAAAGAACGAACUCUUGGAACAAAACAGACAGAAACAAGCGUCCCUCAACAGCCAAGUCGAAGAUCGGACCGCGGAUUUAUCCCAAGUGCAGAAGGGUCUGGAUUCCUUGGGGAAGAAAAUUGCCGAUUGUCAUUAUGAAAAAAACUAGAUAAUGUUGAGGUAGAACAAAAUAAUAUUGUAGUACUUCUACCUGAUUCUUGUGUAGUACGUCUCCGUAUUUUAGUAUCGCUAUCGGUCUUCUCUCUAAGUUGCAGUGAAUUUCAGUCCUGAGCAGGGAAAACGGUAUCGCGAGGCGGUUCGUGAGUCCGAGGCUGCCGUGCCACCCGAAAAAACGGCUCUUUUACGAGAUCUCGAGUACCGACAGAAGGAUUUGCAGGCUGCUGUGGCACGCCGGACAGCGGAUGCGGCGCAUGCGGGUGCUCGAGUCCAGGCCGCCGCGCAGAUGGAGGAACGGCUUGUCGAAGUGCUGGAGACCGCCGUGAAAACGCAUGACCAGUUAGACGCUGACUUAACCACGAAGCGGACCAAACUCAAGGAUCUUACGCGCAAGUUGCAAAACGUGGGGGAGGACAAGGAUCAACUAGCAACUGAGAAACGAAAGAUUUUGGACGGGGUUCAAAGCGGUAACCUGACGGCUAGGCAGGUAGAGCGCGAGCAGAGGCUGCGGCAAGUCGCGUCGGAAUUGCAAGAAAGCAUUCCUGGUGUUUUGGGUCGUGUCUGCGACCUGUGCAAGCCCGCGCAGAAGAAGUACCGCGUCGCACUGAAUGUAGCGCUGGGUGGCAGUUUAGACAACGUGCUUUGCGAUACCGCUGCCACGUGCAGAAAGUGUGUCAUGUUUCUCAAGGCGCGACAUCUGGAGCCCAUGACCUUCAUCCCUCUUCAGAAGGGCGACUUGCGUGUGAAUUCGGCCACCUUGGAUCCUCGUGUGCGCCAGGGUAUCAAAGAAAUCACACCGGCGUUGGACAUCUUGAAUUUUGACAGGAAAGCCCACGCAAACGCAUUCAACUAUUUACUCGGACACACACUCAUAGUAGACAAUUUGGAUGCCGCAAGAAAGGUACUAUUUUUCGACUAUUUUUAUUUUUUUACGCGCAGGAAGUGAAAUAAUUUCAUUGAGCAGCACAACUUGCAGUUGCUGUUGCACUUGCCCACCUGUUCUUGUCACUCACGCUCCACCACCUAGAUGUUCUUGACCUCCACUUAGUAUUUUUUCUCCCAUCUACAUCUUCUUGAUCUUCCUCCAUGUGCUUCAUUUAUUCUUCUUUAAGAUUCCAUUUUUCAUCUAUUAUAGAAGCAUACUUUCGUCUCUCCUGACAACGUUUCCCAUUCCAUCAGGUGGCUUUCACCGAUUUGCCCCUUGUGACGAAACAGCGCAGUCACGGUUGCCGCAUCGUCACUCUGGAUGGCGAGAUGAUUAAGGCCAAUGGCAAUAUGACGGUGAAUUGUGACGCUGCACAAGAGGGUGGCACGAAAUUUGAUCUCCAAGAACUGCAAAAAGCGCAGGCGCGUCUCGAAGAGAUCGGCCGAAAAGAGCUGCAACUCGUGAAUUUCGAUUUGCAUGGCCAGCGUGAGCGCGUCGACCUCGAAGCUGAAAUAGCCAGGGUCGACGCGAAAGUGAACACAGACAGUUCAGCCAGGGUUUCGAGAGCGCGCGAAGACCUAGCAAGGAAAAAGCACGACAGAGAAAACGUUCUCGUGCCGGCAAAGGUGCCAUAGAAAAUUUUGCUAUAUUUUGAAUUCCAAAUAGCGAUAAAUUCUGUACCUUGCAGUUGCAGUGCUCUUGACGUGUGCAGACGGCUUCAUCAAACUGAUAUUCGUAGAGUAAUAUCGAUCUUGAUCAAGAUCAAGAAGAAUUCAUACCGAUUCCGCCCUUCCUCUUAAUGAUCUCAUCAACUCCCGCUCCCACCAGGUCCGCCUCGAAAAGGAAUGUGCUGAUCGCACCAAGGAGCUGCAGGAGACGGAAGCUCAACAAGUCGCCCUCGAGGCUGACGUGCAAAAGCUUGUUGGAAGUUUCUUCACCGAUCUUUCGAAAGAGUUGAACGUUGAGGAUGUAAGAGCCUUGGAUCUUCAGUGUCGCAGGGAGCGAGAACGACUGCGAGUGGAGGAAACGAGAGUGCAGGCGCAAGCGGACAAUUUGCGGAGUCAGCUUGACCUCCUUCAAUCUGGGAUUGCGCGAUACAGUAUCGAUACUGUACAGAAGGAGAUCGAUGAGGUCACUGAAAAAUAUGAAAGACUUCUCUUCUUGAUGCCAGGAGCAUGUUUAUGUUACUUCUGGUAGAAAUAGGAAAAGGAAUAAGAAGAAUAAAAAUUCUUGUAGUACUUCGAAUUGAUUUGGAGUUAAUAUAGGUCUUAAUAUUCAAUUCUGUUCCUGAGUAGAAAAAUUAUCAGGUCGUACCUCCGACCACGCAGUUGCUUGUUCUUCCGACUUUCGUUCCAUUGAUUGCUCUAAGAACAGCUGGAGAAAUGUACCACCGAUCUUGCGGAAUGGGACCGAAUCUAUCAGGAUGAGUGCAACAAAACGGAUGAUAGGCGUAAGCGAGCUACAGAACUCCUAGAGCAAAGGACAAAGUUAGAAGGGGAGCUGGCCGAGUUGAAAAAAGGCGUGAUGGCGAGAAAGAAGGCGCUUGCGGAAGCAGGGAAGCGAUUAGAAGCUAGCAAAGGGAAAAUGGAAUCGCUGAAAUGUAUUUUUACUAACCAAAACUUGAACUACUUCUUUAACAUGUCUGUAGUAACAAAUUGUUGACGAAGACGAUUCCUCGUGUUAGAGGUUUCUGAGGAUGACGAUGCGAUUCGUUUACGUUUUCUAGUGUUGCUCGUCAUCGCAGGAAUCUGCCCAUACGGAAAAAUUGAAAUUCUAGAACUCACGCUCAGAGGCUGCCGAACGUAUGUACUGUUGGAAAAAAGAACUAUGUAUCUAAUUGGCGUUGUUGAAGUUGAUCUUGAUGAUGUAACAGGAUUGUCUCAAAUAUUAUAAUAAUGUCGCUUCAUAUAUAUAUGUCUCAAAUAUUAUAACAAUUGUCUCAAAUAUUAUAAUAAUAUUCAACAUCAUUUCCACCUCAGCUUGGCGCUCCGACAUCAUGCGUGGCGCAUUGACGGACGGAGUGGUGAUUCCGGUGGAUAGAGAGCAAAACCAAUUGCCGAAAGAAGCGGAGCUCGAAUCCAUCAUUCUUGAGACUGGUGGCAUCGAUCUCAUCGUCGAUUACAGUUCCUUGCCCGAAUCCCAUCGCAACCUGCAGGAUCUCAACAUUAUUCGCGAGCAAACCCAGGAAUACGAGAGCGAGCUUGAAAAAGUGAAAGAAGAACUUGACUCUCUGCGACCAAACAUGAAGGCAGCAGCGAAGAUGGACGAGGUAGCUGCGGAAGUCGCCCAGAAGACGAAGGAAGCAGAAUCCGCGCGACUCACGGCACAACGACUCGAGAUGCGAAUCGGGAGAUUGAACGAGCGACGCCGCAAACGCUUCAUGGAGUGUUUCAACUGUGUGCAAAAUGCUAUCGGAGACGUCUACAAAACCCUCACCGAAACUUGGGAGGAACAGCAAACAGAAGUGAAAGAAGGAAUCAAUUAUGACCAAAUUCUGAUAAUCUACAUAGAUUUAUAUAUGCUUGUUCUUGUCUCUCUUGUCAGACUUGUCCUCUAACUCUCAAGAAUAACAAUCAUUUUUUUAUUGGAUCUCAAGAAGAUCUAAAAGUAAUCGCGUUCGCAAGGAACGCGCUCUUGUCACUCUAUGUCUAUGUGGAAGUAGGUUUGAGCUCGAAUUUGAUGAAUCAUCUUCGUUCAUUUCCCAGAGGUUCUUGUGGACGAAGGCGGGCGUGCGUUCUUAGAUCUCGAAAAUGCGGAGAUGCCGUUCGAAGGCGGCGUAAAGUACACCACGAUGGCGCCAAGCAAGCGAUUUCGGGACAUGUCAUUGCUCUCUGGAGGCGAGAAGACGCUUGCCGCCUUGGCCCUGCUCUUCGCCGUGCACGCAUAUCAGCGACCGCCGUUUCUCCUUCUGGACGAAGUGGAUGCGGCUUUAGACUGCUACAACGUGCAGAGCGUGCGUCGCUUCUUGCAGCGUGCGCCGUUCCAGAGCAUAAUCAUUAGUCUGAAAGACAAGUUCUUCAGCAAAAGCAGUGCGCUAGUGGGUGUAUACAAAGACCGGGUGCAAGAUGCGAGUGGUGUUCUGACCUUGGAUCUGCAGAAGUACAGGAGACAACGAGUUGCGCGUCUACUAGAUGCAGGAGAAAAAUUGCCUGCCAGUGCCCUUCCUGUCAAGGGAAAAGGGAAAAGCAUGAUACUAGGGCCAGGCGCAGGAGGUAUUGGAGGUGGUCUCAGCUGUCCUGGGGCGUUCCUUCUAGGAAAGACUGGAGUAGCUGCCGCGUCGUCGUCUGAAGAUAGCAAGAACUACUUUGCAACCCGCCUCUCUCGUCUACCAGUAGUACCAGUUGGGGGAGCUGGAGGUCCUCCUCCAGGUGUCGACCAAGCUAGCGACCUCAAAGACGCACCGACCGGCUCGUCCGCAGAAGCGGGGGGACUGCAGUUCGUGGAGAGUGAUGUCCUACAACAGGGAAACGAACACGUGGUGGACGAUGUAGAUAUGAUGGACGUCGAGUUGAACCAGCCACGGCCUGCGCAUGAUUUCGUUUGUGAAGAGGAACUUCCACGCGCUGGCGAGGAUGCAGCGAGCGAGCGGCCGCACCAUGAGGAAUCGGAAAUGAAAUCCGGAGUACGAGGAGGACAAGUAGUGACGCCUGCAUCUGCUCCAGCGGAUCCUCUCCUCAGUGGUCGUAAAGACAGGAAGACGACCACAGCAGCUGCCUCGGCAUCCCGGCAGAAAGGGAAGAAUGCCACCCCCAGUGGAAAAUCCGCCUGGGCAAAACAAAAAUCAGGCCAGGGAUCAGCUUCACGCGGCAACGUCGAGAAUGAAGAUGAUAAUCAUGACAUCGGUGGAAAUAGUGGUAAGAAGAAAGACCGGGAACCUUCAUCGACAUCAUCAAAAUCCAAAGCAUCACCAAAGUCAUGUUCGAAAGCUGCAGCGAGGAAAGCAGCAGCGUCGCCAAAGGCGAAAGCGGUUCCAAAGCAAAAAGUGACGCCGAAGAGUAAAGAAAAGCAAGUACUGGCUGAACGAUCAGCACCUCCCCCGAAGAACCUACAAGCCGGGGAAAGCAAAGAGUUGCAAAACGAAGCUGCAACGCCGACAGCAAAAGCGUCUUCUAGGGGGCGUGCGAAGUCUUCAGCCGCAGUAAAAUCAUCAGCAGCGGAGAAGAAGCGAGGUCGGUCGUCUAGGCGAGUUGCUUUUGAAGAGGAAAGUGGUGAUCUUCUUGUAGAAGACAAAGAAAAUCAAAAACCUCCCGCUGCUCGAAAAGAGAAGAAUGUAGAAGCUACAUCGUCUACUUCAUCUACUAGUCGUGGUCGUAUUGAACAGGCACAGACGAAGUCGAUAAAGAGUGUGGAGGAACACCAGGCAUCAAAGAAAACCACUACGACUGUACCACCACCAGCGCCAGCAUCAUCUCCUGCAGACUUUCUUGUUUCUGCAGGUGGACCCUCUGCUUCGUCGUCAAGUUCUUCUUUGUCAAAAAAUAUCAAGCGACCUUCCCAUGCUGCACCUGCACUCGGACUUCCACCAGCCAGCAUUACUAGAAAUAAAGCGCCACUAGGUCUAAAUCUAGGACAACCACAACUGGGAGGCAACGUAGCCUCGUCUCCACCUGGUCCGGGCAGUGGUAGCAUUCUUGACCGAAUAUCACGAGAUCCUACGUCAGGAGGCAAGCUUUUUAACGCCAUGGACACAUCGAAACUCUCUCUGAACAACGAGUCCGACUCCGAUAAAGAUGACCACAUGGACCUUGCUUAAUUGCGUGUAAUAAGUAGAUGAGGUAACUUUGACUAAUAAAACACGAGAUCUUUUUUUAUAUUUUACCAAGAAUUGGACUUGGAGUUACUAUCUUCGGUCUUCACCUCUGUUAAUAUCUCCCGAUGCUGAUCCUGAUGUGGCAGUGAACUUUCUUUUCAACGAGCAUGGAUAUCCUCCUGAUACAGAUACUCUUAGUUACAAGUUCUUACUCAGUAUCUCUCAACUAACAUAAGUACUACUUCCAAGCAUGAUUUUGAUAUUGAUUUUUACAACUGGCUUUGGAGACGUGAGCACCGUGCAUCUGAUAUAAUGUCGUCUCGUUGGGCUUGAUGCUGGUGCAGGCUUUUCCUCGAUCCCUGCAUUCCAUACUUGUGAGUACAUUAUACUAGCUUGGAGCGUCCGAUAACAUCCCUCCCACUAGGAUCCCCCUCCUCCCCAAAAUAAGAAACUAAGCAAGGCAAAGAUGUAAGCGAUGCGCGUUUUCAAAUUUCGAAAAUUUUCCACGUUUUGCCAUCGUUUGGGGGUUGGAUCUCGUGCGUUUGAAGUCAAGGGCUAAGAGCCCGAAACUUUUUGACUUUCAGCCCUUUCGCUGGAAUUUAAUGCCUUGGCUUCGCGUUUUUCCAAUUUCGAAAUUUUUCCACAUUUUGUCGCCGUUUUGGGAUUGAGUUCUGUGCGUUUGAAGUGCUAAGAUCCCAAAACUUUUGAUCUUGAGCCCUUUCCCUGAGAUUCAAUCUCUUGGCUUCGCGUUCUUCCAAUUUCGAUAAUUUUCCACGUUUUUCGUCGUUUUGGGAGUGAAUCCCGUGAGUUUGAAGCGCUAAGAUCCCAAAGUUUUUGAUUUUAAGCCCGCUCCCCCGAGAUUCAAUGUCUUGGCUUCGCGUUUUUCAAAUUUCGAAAAUUUUCCACAUUUUGUCGCCGUUUUGAGGUUGAGUCUCGUCAGUUUGAAGCGUUAAGACCCCAAAGCUUUUGACUUUAAGCCCUUUCCCUGAGAUUCAAUCUCUUGGCUUCGCGUUUUUCAAAUUUCGAAAGUUUUCCACCUUUUUCGUCAUUUUGCGAGUGAGUCCUUUGAUUUUGAAGGGCUAAGAUCCUAAAAUUUUUGACUUUAAGCCCUUUCUCUGCAAUUUAUUUCCUUGGAUUCGCGUUUUUCAAAUUUCGAAAAUUUUCCACGUUUUGUCGUCGUUUUGAGAUUGAGUCUCGUGAGUUAGCCCCUUCCCUCGAGAUUCAAUUCUAUCGGUUUCACGGUUUCGUGGUUUCGUGGUUUCAUGUUCGUGGGCUCAUGGGUUUGGGGUUUGUUUGUUUUUGUGUCGGAGGUUUUGGGUUUGGGUGUUGGAGGUUGAGGUUUCUGAAGGGAAGUGUUUGCAAAGUUUUACUGCUCUUAAUAUUUACAAUUACAACUAGUGAAAAAGAAGAUGAUGUUGGAAAUGAACUAAGUACCCACAUUUUGAGCUCCUUGCUUGAUGAGAUAACAUAAUUCCACUAGAAGUAUUUUUCGUCUUCGACUACCCACGCGGCACACUCCUAAGAUCCUUUUUUUGCCUUUUCUUUGUUUUUGUUACUACUUUACUUACCUAUAAUAAGCCGCUUUAUUUUGAUUGUAUUUGUUCCCAGCGCAUCUUCGAAUUUCUCUGUAUGUUGAUUGUUUGCCGAUUUUUGGACCCGUUUUGCUCAGUCAAAAUCUUUGUUAUGAAUUUUUUUAUGCAGCUCCGAUCAAAUACAAAUAACACUUAAUUAAGAAAUAAUGCAUUUUUCUCCACUUUUUUGGAAUUGAUCUCGGUAAUGUUCAAGCCCGUUCACGUUCUCGUUGCCGUUAGUGACUUGAUACUUCUUCUACUUGAUCUUGGUUUUGCAGCGCGCCAUUUUGUCAAUAAAUUCAUUUAUGAUUUGCAGGGACAUGAUGCAUACCUUGAACAAUGUUAACAGGGACUACAGCAUGCAUACACCUUACUUCUCGCAU